AUGCACCGCAAUCAUUACAUCCGCAGUGCCAAUAAGGAUUCAGAACUGCGAGCUGUGCAGAAGGCUCCAACAAGCAAAAAAUACCUGCUUUGGCUGGAGCAACUGCCGUUGCCCAAUAUGUCAUCUCGUGCUGGUCAGGGCGCCUCCCUCUCCGAAGCUACCGUUUGCCGUCUUAGUCGCGUCGCCAUCCGCUCUCAGUCCGGACGCUACCUUCGCUCGGAUGGCUCCCUGACUGACAAUGUCAAGGAGGCCACCCUCUUUUCUAUGAGCUUUAAGCCAAGUGAGUAA